AUGGGGGAAGGGGAUUUGUGGACAGGUGGCUUCGGAUCUCGGCCCCACAGGUGCCCCUACAAGUCCCCGCGGGUACAAAGCCCCAAAUCCGACCUCCGCGAGCCGCCCCCUCUCCACCUCCCAGCCCCAGGCCGCGUCCGCGGGCCCCUCCGACCCAGGGCCCCCGACAGAAGCGCAGGGCAGCCUGCGCCCCACCUCCACCCCACGCCCCAGCCACCUCGAUCCGGGCCCGGAGACGCCGGCCCCGCUCCCGCAGGACGGGCAGAAAGGGACUGGGGACGGGAGAAGCCGAGAAGGACCUGCGAGGCGGGUGCAGGAGCCGGGCGGGCUGUCCGGCCGUCCCUCGGGAGGAAGAAGGCGCCCGGGGCGCCAGGCGAGCAGGCCCCACCCCCGGCCGCGCGCACGGAGCCCGCGGGCGUCGCCCCGGCUGCGCGCCGCCUCGGCUCGGCCCGCCCCGCCCGCGCCCGCGCCGAGGACCGGUGGGCGCGCUCCCUUCCUAUUCUGGUUCCAUGGCGGUGCCCGGACCCCCCGGGCCGUCCAGGGCGCCGCGGCCGCCCGCUGCCUGCCGCCCGCAGCCCGCGGAGCCAGACAGAGGAGCCCCCCGGCCUCUCCCGCCGAAAUCCCCCGUACUGGCUGCACCCGCAGUGCCCUCUGCCCUCUGCCCUCUGCCUGCUGACCCCAAGCUGCUUCCCUCCCGGCCCCGCCGGCCCUGCCGCGGCUCCUGUUUGGGGGACUAGGAGCAAAUACGAGCUUCUUCCUUCAGGGCCAUCAUUUCCCUGUCGGUAUCCCACUGUUUCCGCUCAGAACAGUCCGCAGGCCACGUAUGGAGGCCCACGGGCUGCCGGCAUCGAGGAUCACCUCACGCAGCCUAGGACGCACAGCCUGGGACUGGUCCUGCUGACCAACGCGACCCCAGGGAGGCGGCCACGGCCUGGAGGGAAACGCUGCUGGUGGCGCACUUGCUCUUGA